CAGAAGAUGACAUUCAGUCAACUUCUGCUAACAUAUGACUCUUUUCUCUUUACCGGGUCCAUUGAAGAAGAUCCAUCAUGUUUUACCAGAACCUCAGUCCGGAUGUUGUAAGGAAAGGGAACGCGAUGGAGUAUUACAGCAAUGGAUUUUGCAGAGAAAGCAGUGAAGAAAGGACACUCAAGGUCACCUUGCUUGGAUAUAAGGUCAUGGAGGAAAAGACCAAGUUUACAGUCUACAAGAUCUUAGUGAAGCGUGCACCAGAAGAGAGCUGGCACAUUUUUAGACGAUACACAGACUUUUCUCGGCUACAUGACAAGCUGAAGGAGGCCUUUCCUUCGUUUAACUUUACCCUACCACCCAAGCGUUGGUUCAAGAACUUCAGCGCUGAAUUUCUAGAAGAGAGACAACUGGGCCUUCAAAACUUUCUCCAAAGCCUGAGUGCUCAUAAAGAAGUGAGAAUUAGUGAGGCAGUCAGAGAAUUCCUAUGUCUGGAUGACCCACCCACUGCUUUCGACGAUAUUAGAGAGAGAUGGGCCUUCUGUGAGACACCGGGAGGGACCAGCGGUUGCCUUCAAAGAGACUUAAUGGAUGAAGAGAGAGAGACUGAGUCCCUGAGAAAUGUCCUGCUGCACAAAGAACUUCAAAUUAGCCAGCCGGAGCGAACAAAGAAUGGCAUGUAUCGAACCCAAGAGAAGCUGAACAGAGAGCCCAGAGACGUUUUAACAGCACAGGAAUAUAAAGAAGUGGAGAGAGAUGCCCUCAGGAGACCAAAUAAAUGUUCUGAACUGGGGUUCAUAAGGACUCAUGGAGCGUGCUGGUGCGGAUCAGCAAAUGAAAGUCCAGAAAAGCACAGUUCCAAGAAACCCAUCAAAUAAAUAAUAAUAAUAAUAAUAAAAACUGCUAAUAGGGCACUUUCUUCAAAUCUUCUGUUUGUUCUUGGCCCAUAAUAAGAGCAGAAAAGCUGUUUUGUUUUGGAUGAAUCAAAAAUGAUUGAUUCCAGAAAAUGAUUUGGAGCACAAACACUUUUAAUAACUUAACUUAAAAGAUGAUGUUUGUGAGUACAUGUGUGAUUCUAUAAGGUUUGUUUCAUAGAGAUUUAAUAGGACAUCUGCGACAUCUGUGACUUUAGCAGCCAAAGAAGCAACUUCACCCGCUCUCUGAUACAAUCUUCUAUACAACUUUCUGUUCAUUACCCAGAUUUUUGACUUUGUUUUGGAUUACUCACAUUUGUGCUUUUGUGAUUUGGAUUGAGGAAUAAAUUGAUACA